AGCAGUUGCGGAAAGAUCCCUGGGUCAUUUCAGCCUGCAGAACAGUCGACUAAGUGUCCUUUAUAGUCUUUAUUCAGGAACGGUUUAAUUUCUUAGUGGCUGUACUAGCAAAAAAUACAGGUUUGAAAUGGGUGUAUAGCAGCUGUAGGAGCAGCUCCACAGUACCUUAGCCUAGCCUAAACCAGUGAGCUGCUGAACACGACGAGUUAAAGUAGGUUUUUAUAUUAAGUUUAGCCUUUUGUUUUCACAAAUAAGGGUUAGCUUGCCGACAUGGAGUCGUGUGGAGCCACUGUUCUCGGGUGCUCUGCGAGCAUCGUGUUGGGUGGGCUUGUGUUUGCAGCCUACAAACUUGGCUUACUCUACCAGUUGUUUCACAAGACUGAGACAAAGAGCCCACGGCAUGGUGGCGAGAGUGUGGCAGAGGUUCUCCGAGCCCAUGGGAUCAAAUAUGUUUUCACCCUUGUCGGUGGGCACAUCUCACCCAUUUUGGUGGCUUGUGAGAAGGUGGGCAUCCGUAUUGUGGACACCCGGCAUGAGGCCACCGCUGUCUUCGCUGCUGAUGCUGUGGCAAGGCUCUCAGGCACUGUUGGUGUUGCAGCAGUGACUGCUGGCCCGGGCCUCACGAACACAGUGACUGCAGUGAAGAACGCUCAGAUGGCUGAAUCACCAUUGCUGCUCUUGGGAGGAGCUGCUGGUACACUACUUCAGGGCAGAGGGGCACUGCAAGAUAUCGACCAGAUGUCUCUCUUCAAGCCACUUUGUAAGUUCUGUGCCUCCAUCAGGACUGUCAGGGAGAUCGUGCCUACGAUCAGGAAGGCCCUGGCCAUCGCUCAGUCAGGAACGCCUGGUCCUGUUUUCAUAGAGUUCCCCAUAGACACGCUUUACCCCUACCAUCUGGUGUCCAAAGAGUUUGCUGUUAAAAACCCUCCCAAAGGCCUGAUGGGAAAAGUUGUUGCAUGGUACCUCAAUAAUCACCUCAUGAACCUUUUUGCUGGAGCCUGGGAGAACAGAGACGUGUCUCCACUUCCUGUUCAAAUCCCUCAAGCCAAUGACGAUCAGGUACAAAAGUGCAUAGAGCUGGUGAGCCGAGCCAAGAAACCUGUUAUUCUGCUGGGAAGCCAAGCAACAUUACCUCCAACGCCAGUUGAUGACAUCAGGAAGGCUUUGGAGGAUCUGGGAAUCCCCUGCUUUCUUGGGGGCAUGUCUCGUGGCAUGCUCGGUAGAGACAGCCCCAUCCACAUUCGGCAGAAUAGACGGGAUGCCCUGAAGGAGGCUGACUUGGUGCUCUUAGCAGGAACUGUGUGUGACUUCCGGCUGAGCUACGGCAGAGUUCUCAACAGACGCAGCAAGAUCAUCGCUGUCAACAGAGACAAGACCCAGCUGCUGAAAAACUCAGAUAUGUUCUGGAAACCAACUAUAGCAAUUCAGGGUGACGCUGGUUCGUUUUUAGUGCGGCUUUCCAAAGGGCUAAAGGGCCAUCGUUGUCCAGAGGAAUGGCCUCAGAGCCUCAAAGCUGGAGAUAUGACCAAAGAAAAUGCAAACAGGGCUAAAGCUGAUGAUAAGACAGAACGCCACUUAAAUCCCUUGAAGGUCCUCCACCAAGUGGAUGAGCUCAUGGCUGAGGACAGCAUCAUUGUUGCAGAUGGGGGAGAUUUUGUAGGAAGUGCUGCUUACAUAAUGAGACCAAGAGGACCUAUGCGUUGGCUGGAUCCAGGAGCAUUUGGUACUCUUGGAGUGGGAGGAGGUUUUGCCCUCGGAGCAAAACUGUGCCGGCCUGAAUCUGAGGUGUGGAUAGUCUAUGGUGAUGGCUCCUUAGGAUACAGUGUUGCAGAGAUUGACACGUUCACAAGACACAAGACACCAGUCAUAGCUGUGGUGGGAAAUGAUGCAUGUUGGAGUCAGAUAUCCAGAGAGCAGGUUCCCAUCCUUGGCAGCAACGUGGCAUGUGGCCUUGCAUUUACAGAUUAUCACAUCGUGGCUGAUGGUUACGGUGGUAAGGGCUACCUUGUUGGGCGUGAAGAUGAGGACAGGCUAAGUGACAUCAUCAGACAGGCUCAGAAGGAGACCCAGGAAGGCAAGGCUACACUUCUCAAUGUUCUGAUUGGGAAGACCAACUUUAGAGAGGGCUCUAUUUCUGUAUAGAGCAGCUGUGCACUAUACUGGCUGGGAAUUCUUUUUCCUUUAACUUUAGCUUCAUAGACUUUUACUAUCAGGUUCUAUGAAGUAUUUUAGCAAAUAAGAGAAUUCAGUUUAGUCCAACCCUUACCAGACCUCUGCUAAUCCUGUGUGCCCUUAAAGCCAUAUAUCACUUUGAUAAGAGAAAUCACUUUCCAAUAUGCUGAUCUCCCAUUACAGUUUAUUUACCAUUAGUUGCAAUAUCACUUAUUUCCUUCAUCAGACUAGCUAAAAUUAGUACACUAAUACAUCUUCAAACAUCAGUCAUGACUGUUGUCAUUCACUUAGUAUUUAUUUUAGCUGUUUACUAUUAUGUUUUACUUAGACUUAAAACAGCUCCAGACCUGCCAGCCUUUAAACUAAAGCUUCUGUUGUGCACCCGGAUGCUUUAAGGUUCAUUUUGUGCUAUUUCCAAGAAUAGCUGCUGCAUUUUAAAAGGGAAAGAGUGAAUAAUAGCAAACAUGUGCUUUGUUUAGGGAUUUAAAGUUGUUAGGAGGUUGUGCGUUAGAUGUUUGACCUUUACACAGCCUAAUGCAACUUUUGCAAAUAAACCAGUGACUGAAAUCACUGGUGAGAGAGAGGGAGAGAGAGAGAGAAUUGGUUUAAAGUUAUCAUAUGUGACCAGUAUGCCUUUUCUCUUGUUCUGACAUGGACACAGAGUGUUUUUGUGAAGAUACAGGAAAUCCUACAGCUGUAAUGAUCUUUAUUAUUUGAUGAUUUGGGAUGCAAAUUUGUUCAACAGGAAAUAUUUUUUGAAUGCUGAUGACUGAGGAAUGGUAUGCCUUUUAAUGCUUGAUUGUAUCUUCAAUUACAUUGAUAUGUAUAGAUUUAAAAAUUUGUCUGAUGAUUCAGUUAUGUAUUUAAAUGACAUUUAAUACUAACUUGUAUGCAGUGAUAUGGGCUAUCAUAUAAAAAUAUGCCUGUACACAAUAUGGAUUGCACUAUAAUUAUAACUUACUUACUCACCAGAUGUUGGUCAUCUCACAGUCUUUAUUACUGUUUUGUUUGGUACUUUAAGGGAGGUAUGUCAGCUUUUCAUCAUAAAUUGUUCAUUUGGAUUGAUUUCCAAAUAAAUUUUAAAAAGAAAGUAAGAAAAAUGAGCAGGCUUUUGAAUCUGUUGUAGGCAUUUGUUUGAUUUUACAGAUUAUGAGCUACUUAAUGUAUCUUUUGUUGUAAUAGCUCAGCAAUUUCACCCAUCUAAAGCUGCAACUGUAACUUCUUUUACUUUCUGUCUUCGUUAGCUUACAGUUACAGUAGUAAUCGGGAAAUGUUUAUAUCUUGUGUUAAAACUGCCAGAUGUUUGACUUUUGGUUUAAAUUUACAAAAACAGCAUUUAUCAGCUUUCUGCUUUUAGCGUGCAGACAUACAGACUGGUGAUGAAGGACAUAACCAGGUAUUGCCUCAUCAUAUGCCCCCAGACCACUCCUCAGUAUUGAUUCUACCCAUACUGUGCAUUUGUUCUACAAGUCUCUGGAACUCUUUUGGAUAGAUGAACACCGUUCUUCCAAAAAAUAUUCCCCUGAUUUGUGUUUUCAUGAUGGUGGUGGAAAGCACUGUUUAACACGUCUCCAAAGUCUCCCACAGGUGUUCAGUUGGGUUAAGAUCUGGUGACAGUCAAGGCCAUAGCAUAUGAUUCAUAUCAUGUUCAUUCAUUUUAAACCACUCCAUAAAGAUACAAAAGUUUCACCAUUAGAAAAAGGUGAUCUUUCUGAACUACUUGCAUUGAUUUGCCCUGAUCCUUCCCUUUAAGGCAACAAACAGACCCAAACCAUGCACAAUGCCUUCUACAGCAUACCAAUGCCACCAGAUGCCCUCACUGUAGGGGUCAUUGUUAAGAUUUUUUCUGUAGACUUAAACUAUAGACUAUAUGUGAAAAGGUGUUUAGAUUUCUGAUAGACCCCCAGGCUAUUCAAAAAAUAGUAUUAGAUCUGUGUUUAAUAUCACUAACACUCUUGAAUGGCAGCAUCAUAUAGCACUAUUUGGUUGCAGCAAUGAGUUGUAGUACCUGGUUAUGAUCUAACUGUGUAGUCGAGAUACACCAGCGAGACCACUAGCAGAGUGCUUUUAAAUGAUUUUGUCUCAAGCCUAUAAAUCUCUCAGAUAAAAUACAGCUCCACAUCACAUAUCAAUGAAUACUUGACGUAAGAGUGUUACCAUGUUUGUAUGCAACAAUUUUUCUUCCAAUUGACCGAACACACAACCAGAUUUGUAUUAUGCAAAACACCAUCUCUAUAUCAUGAGCACUAUGAUUUUUGCCCUGAAUACUUCUUCAUGCAGUUUUCAUUUAAAACAGGAGAUGGCAGUCCAGGUGUAGUUUAUGAAGUCUCUGCUGACGUGUUCCUGCUUAGCAUAAAUGAUGGGGAAAUACUGUGGAUGUAGAGGGGAUGGACAUGUGUACAGUUGUUGGUGUAUCAAUAUCAACCAGCCUAAAAUAAACAGAUUUUUUUUUUCAUUCCAAAUCAAAAUUUGCUUUGUUCUCUAUUAUGAAAGCUGUUAUUUUUACUUAAAGAAGUUAAAAUGACCAUGUAAUAAGCCUUGCUGAAAGUUCAGAUUGUUUUUGUAUUAAAUAUUGUUUAAUCACGUGA